AUGGUUGAGAGUGAGCCUAAUAUUUUAAUGCAGAAUUGGGAGGAUGAUUAUUUAAUUGAAACUGCAAUUGAAUCACCUCGAGUUUGGAACACGUUAUACGAUGAAAUUGAAAUACAAGAACUAAAAUCUGAUAGAUUUGAUGAAGUCCUUAAAAUGAUCGAAGAUCAUUACAUCUAUGAUGAACCAUUAAUUCAAAGUAGUCUAAUGCAUACGGACAAUGGAUCUGUUAAAGAAUACUUGUACUUGGUUCAAACUUGGAUGAAAGACACUCUUUCAACUGUCGCUGUAGAACAAAAAACUGGAAAUGUAGUCGGAUUUCUUAUAUGUCGAUUCAACGAAAUACAUAACAGAGAUCCUGAAUUCAGCAAUCAUAGGGUAUAUGAAGGUACGAUAUUGAGAGAGCUGCAAAAUUUCAAACAUUAUUUAACUAAAAGGGGUAAUGCAUAUAAACACAAUAAUGUGGACAAAAUGUUAGAAGUAUAUUCAUGGUUUGUGCUUCCUCAAUUUAGAAGUAAAGGAAUCGGCACAGAGUUACUGAAAAACGUCAUAGAGAGGCAACUACCCGAGUACAAAUGGUUCGACAUCAAAGUGAUCGCCGGCGUGUUCACCGACAAAGUGAGCCAACGUAUUGCCACGUCGUUGGGAAUGGAGACAUUAUACGAAUUCGUAUACUCGGCAUGGACCCCUAUCAACAAAACGACUGGCGAACAAAAAGAGUUCUUCAAGGAAAUCGUCCGGGAAAAUUACUCGGCCAAAGUGAUGUGUGUGAAUGUCGGCCAGUCGUCGUCGUCGUCGGUUCACAGUGGUCACCGGUCGAACAAUAUCGACGAACACGACAUUACUUUGUAA